AUGAUCCCCCAACGCACUCUCACGGCCAUAAUCGCCCUCGUCUCGGCCGCUUCUGCCUGGGACGCCCCCAACUACGCAGGCUUCGGCCGAGUAUGGCAAGAGACUUUUGCCGGAGCGAAGGGGUCCUCUCCGAACCGUGGAAACUGGAACAUCAUCGACGGCAACCUAGGCGUCAACAACGAACUGCAGACUUAUACGUCCAAGACGCGCAAUGUUCAGCUAAGCGGGGGCGGCACUCUGCAACUCGUCCCCUGGAAAGACGGCUCGGCUCCGCGCGGCUGGACAUCCGGGCGGCUCGAAGGCAGCCAUCUCGUGACCCCCGAGGCCGGCAAGGUGACGAGGGUCGAGGCGGCGGUGCGGUUCGGUGGCAACCCGGUCGACCGCAAGCAGGGCAUAUGGCCGGCCUUUUGGAUGCUGGGCCACGCGAUCCGCAACGGCGCGCCCUGGCCUGCUUGCGGGGAGAUUGACAUUAUGGAGUCCGUCAACGGCCAGCUGUCGGGAUAUGGCACGGUGCACUGCAAUGUCUUCCCCGGCGGUAUCUGCAACGAGGGAACCGGCAUCGGGGGCUCCACUGCCUUUCCCGAUCAAGGCUGGCACACGUGGAGAGUCGAGUUUGAUCGCAGACCCGGCAACUGGCUGGACCAGAGCAUCUCGUGGUACAUGGACGGCCGGCUGUUCCACCAAAUCAGAGGCAACCGCAUCAACAACCCUGGUGUUUGGGCAUCAUUGUGCAACAGCCCCCUUUUCUUUAUUCUGAACGUGGCCGUUGGCGGCAACUGGCCCGGGUAUCCGAAUGGCAAUACGUUCGACGGCUACGGCAGCAUGCUAGAGGUCGGCUACGUGGCCCACUAUACCGCCUAUUAA